AUGGCCGUAGCGCUCGCUGAACAGCACUGGCAGCGAUUACUCGCGAACUACUCCAAAGGAAGCAUCGAGAUCGUAGGGACUCUCGUGUUCCAUCUCAUAGCAUUCUACGUCCCAUGCGCCGUCUACGCAUCCCUUGAACCCGCGCCGAAGCAGCCCACCCGCUCUGAAGUCCGGGAAUGCCUCAAAGUCGUGUUACGCAACCAGCUUCUGUCCUUCUCCCUCCACCUCGGCUCGGUAUACCUCACGUCGGGAACACGCCACCACCCGUUCAGAGUCGACGCCAAACUCCCCGGCAUGGGUGAAAUCGCGCUCCAAUUCGCCGUGUGUAUCCUCUUGCGCGAGGUGUCUUUCUACUACGCCCAUCGACUUCUCCACAUCCCCGCUCUCUAUCCGAAGAUCCAUAAAUCACACCACCGAUUCACCGCGCCUGUGGCCUUCGCCGCGCAGUACGCGCACCCCAUCGAGCACGUAUUCGCCAACAUCCUGCCGAUAUCCCUCCCGCCGCAGCUCGUCCACGCGCAUAUCGUCACGUUCUGGGUCUUCAUGAGCUUCGUGCUCUUUGAAACGGCGACGGUGCACUCGGGGUACGAUUUCUUUAGAGGGGCAGCGAGGAAGCACGACCUGCAUCACGAGAAGUCCAUGAUAUAUUUUGGGACCAUCGGGCUCUUGGACUGGUGGCAUGAAACAGACAAGUUUAAGAUUCGGGCUGAUUAA